AUGUAAUUUUAGUUUUAUUCUUGCUUCAAUAGUGUGGAAAUCGCUGGCCGAAAAUGUCUGCGAAACGUGGAGUAGAUUUUUUAAAAACUGUUGCCGACUAUAUGGCCAAAACAAGUGGACAUGAUGCAAUUACGAAUGUGUUUAAAGUCACCGGAGGCGGAGAUGGCCGAUGUAUUGGCGAAUUUACAAUUACCAAAGCUCAUUUAAAUGCCGCUGGUGGCUUGCAUGGAGGUUACACGGCCACAAUGAUUGACAAUGUAACAACUUAUGCCUUAAUGUCUACUGACGCUCAUCCUGGUGUCAGUGUCGAUCUGAAUGUCAGCUAUAUGAAAUCGGCCAAAGAAGGUGAAGAGAUUAUUGUGGAUGCAAACACCCUAAAAGUUGGCAAAAAAUUGGCUUUCAUCGAGUGUGUAUUGAAGAAAAAGUCGGAUGGUUCGAUUGUGGCCAAGGGUGGACAAACUAAAUUCAUUGAUUUUAACAAAGAAUAAUAGGUUUUUUUUUUUUUAUUUCAUGCAAUUUGUAUUAUAUGACUUGGGCUCUUGGUAUUUAACGUUCUUGGGUAUAUCAAAUAAAAUACAUGUGGCAACGCCCUAAGAGGCUGAACAUA